GAACCUCCAGCAAAUCAGCAGCAGCAGCAGCAGCGCAUCCAGCCGUUAGCCACCGUUAGCCACCGUUAGAUUUGUGUCUGUGAAGGUUCUCAGUCACCCAGAUCAUGGCGUUUAAAAAGGCAACUGGACUCGUAGAGGUUUGAAAAGACGCUUCAUCCAAGUAGCUUCAUCAGUGAGAGCGUCUUCUCCAAACUCUUCAAGUCCAGUUUCCUUUGUAAACGCCUUUGGACUAUCGCUAGCCACCGCUAGCUACCGUUAGCCGCUGUUAGUUGCCGUUAGUUACCGUUAGCUGCUGUUAGCUACGGUAGGCUACCGUUAGCUAUAUGUCUGUGAAGGUUCUCGGUCAUCCGGGUCAUGAUUUAUCCAAAGGGAAUUUUAAAAGUACACUUUAAAAACUCGAAGUCUAGUUUUGCUAUUUCAAACGCUCUUGACUACAGUGGGCCGCUUGUAGGUGCCGUCAGUAACCGUUAGUCGUUGUUAGCUGCCGUUGGCUACCGUUAGCCGCUAUUAGCUUCCGCUGGCUGCCGUCAGUUGCCGUUAGUUACCGUUAGCUGUCAUUAUUUAUCGUUGGCUACCGUUAGUUACUAUUAGCCGCUGUUAGCUACCGUUGGCUACAGUUAGCUAUCUAAGCUACCAUUGACCGCUGUUAGCCGAUGUUAGCUACCGUUAGCCCCUGUUAGCUACCGCUAGCCGCUGCGCUUUGGUGCAGCCAGGCGGACAUUGUAUUAGCCCGGAUCCCUGCAGUGUGUGAGGCUGCGGUGGCAACUAGGUUUAAUUCAGUACUUAGAUUUCAGCAACUAAAAUCAGUCAUGUAUUUCUCCGACCUUGACAGAGAAAGACGGUUGACUUAUUAUUUAUAGCUAGCUAGCUAGCUAACGGCUCAGGUGAGCUACACUGCAGCUAGCUCAGUCAUGUCAGUGGACACCAAUUGGACACAAAUCUGAAUAAUGACACUUUCUAUAUGGCUCCUUUCAGAUUUGUCAACACUUAUCCCAAACUGAGACAAGGGAGACUUCACCUGCUGUGCUUAGCAUCCCUGCUUGAAAACAAUUAGCUACAUUGGCUACAAACUAGCAGCAACAGAAGCUUUGGAUGCUGAAACGUCCACCCCAUGACUAUUAAGGGCUCAUCUGUCUGGUCGUUGUGUGUCUGGUUCUUUUUGACCCAAAAACUCAUGAUAUUUCUUCCUGAGGCCACAAAACUUCAAACCAAACUCCUAACAAUGUACCAGGCCGGGCUCAAAGCUCUGAUCCAGCCUCAGAUACACCAGUCAGUGCUAACUACAUAGCUAGUGACUCUGACUGGCUGUUAAUGUUGAAACCUUGUUAAUUGAAUUAAAAUGUGUUUAUUUAUUAAUAGUAACAGCCCUGAUUGACUCAAAUCUCUUUAAAAAACCUGGAGAUAAUUGUUACUGAUAUUUCAGUAGCAGCAAAGGUUCUCAGUCAUCCAGAUCAUAGCGUACCCACAAACAUAACCAAAGAAACUAAGCCAAAACAGCUGUGUUAGUUGGGUUUCUAGACUAGAAAAAGCUACUUGGAUGAAAUGUCUUGGCCUUUGUUUGGAUUGUUCUUUGGAUACAGCCAACUAGCGUUUUAGCUAAGUAGGAACUAAGGAACAAUCCUGAGCCACGUAAGAAAAUCUAGCCUGAACUUCCACAAACAUUAUGUGCACAGGUGUGUUGCUGGGCAACAGCCGACUGAUGAUGCCUUUGUGAAAGUGGGCGGGGCUACUCUGCCCUGAGGCAGCAAGGAGGAGGAGUCUCAGCCCUCAGCCCCUCCCCCUUCUUCUCCUGUACCUGAACAACUGGACGGACACACGGACGGCCAUAGCUCUCCCCUCCCUCCUCCUCCUCCCUUCUCUCCCCCUUUCUUUCCUCCUCCUCCUCCCCUCCUUCCUCCCUCGCCUCCCUCCUCACCUCCUGCCGCCAUGUUGUGGUCACGCUGCUGGUCGAGAGUCUGAGGAAGACUCUGGAAGGCAACUCUGCUCAGUCUGGGGACGUCUACCUGUCCCUGCUGGACCCCAAAACCCUCGCAGAGUGCUGGCCCCCAGAUGGCUUGAUGCCUGAGAGCAGUUACUGGCAGCUCUGCCCUCCCUCCAAGUCUGGCCUGCAGGGGGGGUUACUGAGCUCUAGUUUCCCCCCGGGCCCCGUGCCCCUGGUGCCCCCAGAUGCUCACCUGCAGGAGGGAGGCGACCCCCUGGACGGGGCCCCCCCUCAGCAGCAGCAGCACCGGCCCCUGGCACCCAGCACUUCAGCGUCCGAGUCGUCCCUCCCCGGAGCCCCCGCGCCCCCCCCCGGCCCCGGGCCGCCUCCCCCUCCCCCCCCACCCCCCAAACGCCACUGCCGCUCGCUGUCGGUGCCCGAGGACUUGUCGCGCUGCCGGUACACCUGGCGUCCCAGCGCCUCGCGGGUCUGGACCCCCGUCAGUCGGCAGCAGUGCCACGGGGGGGCGGGGGGAGGAGCCACCGGUGGGGGGGCGGGAGGCGGCAUUACGGCGGGAGGAGGGGCCUGUCCUCUCCGUGCUCCCAGCUCCUCCCUGAACUCGUCGCUGCACUCCUCGUCCAGCCCGACCUUCUUCAGCCUGGCGCUGUCUCCGGACUCCCCGCUGCCCUGGAGCUUCCCCUGGGACCCCAGCGAGGCGGCGGCAGGGGGCGGAGCCUGCUGCUGCUUCUUCCCCUCCCCCUCCUCCUGCUCUUCCUCUCCUUCCCCCCUCCACCCGCCUCCCCCUCCUCAGAGGCGUUUCUCCCUGUCCCCCGUGUUAAUCAGAGACUCCGCCGCCUCCACCUUCCUCCCCCCUCCUCCUGUGCCGAGCCAAGCGGCGGCGGGUGCGAUGGCGCCUCCGCCUGGCUGCUGCGGCGCCGCGGGAGGAGGGGCGGCGGGGGUCCCGGUGCCGGCCUCGCCCUCCUCGGCCUGCAGCACGCCGUCGUCCCUGCGCCGCAGCCUCCCGCCCCCGCUGCCCCGCUGCCACUCGCAACCCUGCGACCUGCUGCUGCUCAAACCCGGCCUGAAGCGGCGCCGCGACCCCGACAGACCCUGCGCCCGACCCGUGCUCGACUUCACCAAGAUGACCCAGACUCGCAGCAUCGACCCUCAGUGUCUGGAGCGCGGCGGCGGCGGCGGCGGCGUUGGCGGCAGGCUGGCCUGCGGCGGCGACAUCUUCAUGGGCAUGGAGCCCUUCAUGGGCGACUUCCGGGGCUCCUGCUCGCCGGCCGAGUGCCUGGGACGCACCAGCAUCGGGCCCCUGAGCGAGAGCGACGAGGAAUGUGGCGAAGACGAGGAGGACGACGAGGAGCGGGAGGAGGAGGCGGUGGAGCGCGAGACGGCGGCUCAGACGCUGUUUGAGAGGGACUGUACAGAACUGGACUUGAACUUAAUAGAAGAAAACUAAGGUAUUUGUAAAUGAAGGCUGUUAUCUGUUCAGUUAGUUUUAUUUUUAAAUUAUGUGCCCCCCCCCCCGCCCCCCGCCCAUGGACCACCCUCAUCUCUACACCACCUCCUUGCCCCCAAUCAGCAAGGCUCUCAGGAACAACACCUUCUCAUGGGAUGAGCUGUUUGAUGCCGACAGUUAUGAUGUGACUACCAGCAGCUUCAGCCGGGACGGACCCCCCCCACCCCCCCCC